AUGAAAACAACCAAGAGCUACGCCAAGCUAUCGGGUGCGGUGGCGCCGCAUAUUGGAUGCAAGGAGCAUCUGAUGACAGUAGCCAGUCGUCUUUACUUUUCUAACGUUUAUCGAAUUGUGUACUUCUUUAUGAUUGCAUCAAGUCUCGUAUGCGUUACGUGGACGGGAAUAAAUGGCUGGAAAAUUCCGUCCUCGGUGGUGUUCAUUACGCUGGAAAUUAUAGUUAGUUCGUUGUUGGUGUUUGAAGUGUUGCUGCGGAUGAUGGCAUUCAAAAGGCGGUUUUGGCGCAAGUGGUGCAACAUUUUUGACGUGGUCGCCUUGGUUAUGAGCCUAGUGUCGGUGGCAAUCUACUUCAACGAGGAAGGCGUGCUAGGUGAACUGGAAGAAGUUGCAGCGGAUUCGGUGUUGGCAUUGCGAAACGCCGUGCAGUACGUUCGGUUGGCAAUAUUUCUCAAGAAUCGAUCUGAUCGGCCGACGACAAUUGGCAAAGAAAUUGACUUUGAAGCGCUAGCUGCGAAUCCAGAUGAUGAACGAGAACUGAUGCUGGACGCUGAGAGUGGAAUGGCCGUUGAGAGCGAUGAAGAGGAAGAAAUUGAAACUGUUUAG